AAUGCCCUUGGCAAACCCAUAAUCCCAAAUCCAAAUUAGUCAUUUCGAAGAUAACAAAAUCCAAUAUCUCUUCCCCAUAAUUUCAUCUCGAGCUUAUUCCGCACACACCAUAGCCUCGCCUGGUCUGUCUUUAUGCUUCGGAUCCGCCCGGGUCCUACGGCUGGCCAAUUCUAUUUCUUCAAUAGCUACUCAUUGAGCCUCUCCUCGUCAACCCCAACCCAACACACCACCAACACAGCCAUUUGGCAAACGGGGCCGCCGGCACAUUCUUGUCACCACGUUACCAUGAGAGGGAGAUGCUCACGGCAGACCGCCCUCUUGAUGGUGACCGGCUUACUGUUUCUGCUCAGCCUCGAGUUCGCAGGGGCAACCCAAUCGGCAGCCAGCCAAUCCGAGACUAGCAGGGAACCGAUCCUCAACGAGGCUAAGGACGUGGACCCAAUUACUAGAUGGCACCUAGACUGUUCCUGCGCGUCCAGAGUUGGGGCAUGUCUCCAGAACGCUUGUGGUGCCAGCUACGCCGACUGCGGCGGCGCUUGCCAGUGUGCGGCCGAUGGACGGAGCUGGACGUGUCGUCCGAUUGCGAGUUGUUCGUCCAGUAUUAUGGAGGCGCUAUGCGCCACUAGGUCGGGACGAGGCGUUCAGUGCCAGUGCAGGGCUUUGAAGUGAUGUGACGAGAGUCGAUUGACGAACCGCCCCAUUCGUAACAUGCAGGAAACAUGGAGUCCGCGGAGGAGAAAGGAAAGGAUUCGCCAUGUGGCGUGCAAGGGAACGAUAUCAGACAUGGGACGGAGAGUUUUUUGAGGUUUCGGGGCUCUUUCCCGUUCGCAGGGGAUUGUUUCUCGUCCUCGCGAUCCGGUCGAUCAUACAAUUGGCGCCGGGGCGGCCUGAAGAACAUCACAAGUCAGGAUGGUGUGUUCAACUGCUGUCUCAAAUGCCUCUUGGAACCCAUAGUCAACCUGGACGAUGAUAACUCAGGGUCCCGACUUCAAGGUUCCUACAGGUGGAUAGGUAGUCAAAUCUGUGGGCUGUUGCCCCGGGUUCCAAUCUUCAGAUGAU